AUGAGUAGUUUAGUGAAAAAGGGAAGUCAGUUUACCCCAAAGCUAAAAUAUCCAAUAAGAAAGAAAGCUACUCCGAAACCUACUGCCACUCCUGAACCUUCCCAAAAAGGAACUUCUGGCACAUCAGAUCCACCAUCCAACAAGGCUAUAUCAGACCAAGUAGGUCCCCCACCUGCCACACAAAAUGGCAAGCCAAGGUCAUCUUUUAGUAUCAAAGGAGCUGCUACUAGUGGAGCUGUUUUAGAUGAUGGUGUGGAUCCAAUAGACAAUCUGAAGCCACAAGAAUCGGCCAUUGCAGAUAGUUCAGAUGAAGACGACGAGGCGCUCAGACAACACGCCCAAAGUCUACGUAGAACCUCAUCGCGAAGAUUAUCUGGAAUAAACCCUGGAUUUAGAAGUCGGUCGGCGUCAGUUUCACAUCGACCCGGUAACGAAGAUGCACAAUCAGCUGCAAGAAUUGUGGUACCUCAGCCCAAAUCCAUAAAAAGAAGAAGAUCGCUGGUAAGCUCACGGAAUGCCAAAAGAAACUCUGUGGUAGUACCAGCCGCUGCUAUUGCUCCCACACUUAAACCUUCACUGGUUGUAACAGCUUCAACUACACCAACCGUUGGUCAUUCCCCAACACCAUCUUCAUCGUCGAGCACCACAUCCAGGAUUUUGAAUUCCAAUGUUAGUCAUUUGUUUCCUGCAUUAAGAAGCUCCGCCGCUCCACUUAGCAAGAUUAUGAACAAUCCUGAAACUGAGCUGCUAUCACCAGCUCUCGUCGAUAAGACAGAUGUGAACGUGGUGAGCAAGGAAUUUGUUGUGGGAAUUGAUCCUAGGACGAAUAAGCUACGAAAAUUUAGACGCAGGGAUGCACCGAAAUCUGAAGUUAAAGAAGAAGAGGAAGAUUUCACCAGGGUUGCUGACAAGCCGUUGGAUGAUUUGGUUCCAGUAGCGCCAGAGAAUUUGGUUACUACCGUAACUAGCAUCAGCCAGAUCCCAACUGGUAUUAAAGAGGAAGACUUGGAAUUGUAUGGGGAGCUUGAUUUUGAUUAUGAGGGGAUGACAAUGGCUGACUUGUGUAAACCAACUUUAAAAAUCGGUAAUGUUAGUUCCAGUUUCAAAUUGGCUCAAGAGGCAGAAAUACAAUUGAAACAGAAGAAAUUACAGAGAAGACUAGAUAGAAUCAGAGCAAGAAAGGAUAGAAUAUCUUUAGAAGAAGCAACGUUGAAGAAUGAAGGCAAAACUGACGAAGAAAUUCAACAUGAAAAGGAAGGUAAGAAGCCAAAGUCAGGAACUGACUUGAUGAAUUUUGAUGAAGAAACACCAUCAAUAUCGUCAGCAUUACAAUUGACAUUAGUUGAUGGAAAGAUCGGGUUCAAUGAAGAAUCUGCAGUUGUUGUGAAGCCUAGAGCUGAUGCGUCUGGACGCACAGUUGAGGAUUCAAACCCAUUUGCAAACCCAGUCACUUCUACGACAUAUAGCAAAAGAACAUACACGGACAAGUGGACGCCUGAUGAGUUGAAUGAAUUUUACCAAGCCUUGAGCAUGUUUGGUACCGACUUUUCCUUGAUUGCGCAAUUAUACCCACACCGCACCAGAAAACAAAUCAAAUCCAAGUUUGUUUUAGAAGAGAAAAAGUAUCCUGAAGUGAUUGAAUUGGCAUUGAAAAGGAAGCUACCGGUAGAUUUCAAAAAGUAUUGUGAAGCAACAAAUAACGAGAUUAAGACUAUCGAGCAGUAUAAUGAAGAGUUGAAGAGAGUAAGAUUAGAGCAUGAACAAAGUAUGAAUGCAAUUGCAAUCGAAAGAGAAAAGGCGUUCAAGGAAGAUGCUGAAGCGAAUAGAAGACGAGAAAUUGAAAUCAGAACAGGGUUCACCGGAUCCAAGCCAAUGACAACAGCCGAAAGGAGGAAAGAGUUGCGAAAGAAUGAAACGGUCGUAGGUACUAUUGAUGACAUAAAACAUCGUUGA